GGACGUUAAACAAAAUAAACCAAACCAAAAGUUCCUUGCCACAAAGGAAACCAAAACUACCUGUUACAGCAACAAAGCAGGUAGCCACAUCACAUCCGGACACAUAUGAUCCUCGUCACACUUGUGAUAAAGUUUUUAAUACUCAAGAAUCUCUUCACCAUCUAAGAAAUCUGAAGGAUGUUUUUCCCAAUACAGGUAAGUUAAAAAAAUGCAACAAAAGUUUCAUUUUCACAUUUUAUGUAGGCCUAAUUGGAAACUUUAAUAACAAUAACAUGUCAAACAAAAUUCAACAGAAAAACAGAGAAAUACAAAUUAAUAUUUUGCAACCAGUUACAUGUAGUAUGUAUACUAAUAGCUAGGCAAUGACAUCGUUUCUUUGAACCUGAGUUAAAUUAACUCAUAUACCUCUUUUUUGUUUUAAAUCCUUACCAAUAUGCUUAUAUAUAUGUACAUGCACUGUCUACAGAAACCACUGAAAAAUUUAUGCUUACAAGACGAUUAAAAAAUGUUGCAAAUUUUGCAUUUCGAUACAUUAAUACCUUUAACUUUCAAUUAUUAACUUGGAACAUGUGUAAAGAUACACGUAUAAACACUUCUUGUGAUUAUAGAUCAUAAUGACAGUUUACAAGUUAUAUAAGCAAUGUUGACAAUUUCUAAAAAUGCAAAUUUGAAUAUAAUAGUCAAGGCAAUCAUAUCAUCUAUCAACAUGUAUGUAUUCUUUACAUAAAUAACACUGAAUGGUCCUUUUCAGGAAUGUCCCAUUUGUGGAAUAUUGGUGACAAUGUUCCAGAGGCCAUUCAGGAAGAGGAGAUAGAGGCUGUGGAAAGUCCAAUGUUUAUAAAGAUGAUAAACAUGAUCUACUCUAACAGCAACUUACCCCAACUUUCAAUUGACCAGGACCUGGUAGAGUAUAUUGAAAUUAAUACGCGUAGUCAGAGAUCUUCAGACAUGUGGCAGAAGCUCCAUAUUGGGCGGCUGACUAGCUCUAUCUUUGGAGACGUUCUACAUGCUGGGCCCCAACCAAACUCUCUUGUUAAACAAAUUGUAGAAGGGUCAAAUCUUAAUAGGUACACCGUUCUACCUCCAGCUGUUCAGUGGGGAAUAGAAAAGGAGCCACAGGCAAGAAAAGACUAUAUAGACCUACAGUCUUCUCUCAGCAGUCAGAUAGGAGUUGAGGAUACAGGCCUUACUCUGUGUGCUACUCAUGCCUACCUGGGUGCCUCUAGUGAUGGGAGGGUUGUUGAUGGUGACAAUAUGGGUAUACUAGAGAUAAAGUGUCCCUAUUCAAUCCAAGGAGCCACAGUCACAUCAUUGGAGGUCUGUGAAAUUGUUGCCAUGGGACAUCCAAAUUUCUGUUUGGAGGCAAGUUCAGAGGGACCACGACUGAAAAGAAGCCACAAAUACUACGCUCAGGUACAGGGUGAACUGGCAAUAAUGGGUUUGCCAUGGUGUGACUUUGUAGUUUGGACAAAUGCUCCGAAAAAUAACAUUUGUGUUGACAGAGUGUACUUUGAUGCAGAAUUUGUUAGCAGUAUGAUGCCAAAACUUAUCGCAUUUUAUGUUAACCAUGUUGCACCAAAGUUUUACAUCAACGUGUAAUGUAAUUCAUGUAGAAGUGUCCAA